GAUGGGUGGGCGCGUUCUCGAUGGCCGUGUCGCUGGCGGCGUCGCCGCUCACUAUUGCCAUCUGUCGGCGGAAGUCGACACGUCUAACUGCCGUCCUGGGCGGCUUGGUGACGGCGCUGGGGUGCCUCUUUACAUCGUUCGCCUCACAGUUUCACCAGCUCUUCUUCUCCUACUGCACUGUGAUAGGUUUGGGUGUGGGUAUGACCCGGGACAGCUCGGCCCUGAUGGUCGGCCAGUACUUCAAGCGACGACGGGAGUUCGUCGAGAUAUUUGUCGUGUCCGGCAGCGGGCUGGGCAUCACCAUCAUGUCCCUCUUCGUCAACGGCACCGUCGGGGCGGUGGGCUGGCGGCUGGGACUACAGGCCGUGACUGGGGCCGUGUUCGUCACAUUUCUGCUGGGCACGUGCUAUCGGUCAGCCUCACUAUACCAUCCUCAGCGCCGGGCCAUCCUCCAUCUGAAAAACCAAAAGCGCAAGGUCAAAGACAAGAAGACCGCGAAUAAGAUUACCAAGCCUUUCUUCGAUCUCACCACGCUGAAGUCGCGCACGGUCCAGAUCCUGCUGCUCUCCACGUCGCUGUCCGCAGUGGGGCUGAACACGCCACUCAUCUACAUGGCGCACGAGGCAAAGCGUGACGGCGUGGACGCCAGCUCGCUGCUCCUGCUGCAGACCUACCUGGGCCUGGCCUGGGUGCUCGGCUGCCUAGCGUUCGGCUCGGUGGUGGUGCAGCACAGCACCGAGUGCCGCAUUGGGCGCCAGUACCUCUGCCAGGCAUCGGCCCUGCUCUGCGGGGUAGCCAUUCUCGGCUGUACGGCGGUCCGCGGCUACGGCGGCUACGUCCUCUUCGUGUGGGUGUACGGGCUGUUCUGCGGCGGUUACAGCUACAGCCUCAAGAUGUUUACGUACGAGAAGGUGCGCGCGAGGAACUUUGCCAGCACGUGGGGGUUCAUCCAGUGCUCGCAGGCGAUCCCCAUCGCGCUGGGCGUGCCUAUCGCAGGCUACAUCAACAUUAGCGCCGGCGACAAGGCCGGCUUCUACUUCUCCAGCACGUUCGUCGUCAUCGGCAGCUUGACGAUCUCGCUGAUCGACAUCCACCGGCGGCGGCGGCGGCAACGGCACGCUCGCAAGCACCACAAGACCAAGCGCGAGUGCAGCGAGGACUGCAGGAAGAACGAGCGUCGCUCCAGCCUGCCCGAGGAGGACGUGCCGCUACCUAUCGGUAUCACGCUACAACCAAGCUUCUUCCUCGAGCUCCUAGAGGGCAUGCCGAAACCCGAGCUGACCUGCAUCAGCGAGGAGGGCAUCGCUGACAUGGACAUUCCGGACCACAUCCUCGAGGAGCUCGAGCUGUACGGCGACAUCACCACCUGCAACCAGGUGGAGAACUACCUGAUGCUGAGCGAGUACGAGAACAACCUGAUCGGCCACACUGCAGACCCGGCCGAGAAGCGGCGCCGGCGCUCAAUGCUCUCGACGGUCGAGGAUCGGCCGAGCCUGCGCGACUCGUGGCGCUUCUUCCUGCACCGGCACCGCAGCAUCACCACCAUUGACGAGGCGUCUGUGUGACGCGCGCUGCGGCCGUGACCCCGUGACCUUUUCGGCACCGGCGGCGACGGUGGCGUGUCGCCAAGUUGGUGAGGGAUCGGUCUGCCGCGGCCGCCGGGGGUCCCCGCCGCGGGCGGUGAUUGGCGGAGCCGGGCAGCGCGGGUCUGUGGCGUCGUGUGUCGGGCCGGCCGUGGACAGUGACGGCUCUCACACCACGUGGGCGCCGCAGUGUGGCUGCACGUGGCUGCACGUGUCCUCGUGUGAUGCGGCGCGACUCAGCGCGGCCGCCGCAGCGAGAGCGGUCGGUGCGGCCCGAAGGCGCUCAUUGGCCGUGGGUGACGUCAUCCGGCCCGGCGCCGCAGCCAAUCGGGCCGCCGAGCUCCUGUGCUCCCUCCUAGUCAACCCAAUACUCAGUGCUACCGUAGUUUGACGUUCACUGUGACGGCGUCGCGGGAAAGCGAGGACUUGGGCAAGAACGGCGCGCGUGUGCCGCGUCUCGCACGUGUCCCCACCGUGGAUUUGUUUUUCGUGUUGUCAUACCGCCCCGAGUCUACUCUAGACCUGUUUUUGGACCUGUUUACGUUGCACUCGUGAUCCCUGACUCUACGGAAUGGCCGUGACAUACUCCUGAUCUGGUCCUGCCGAGUGCCGUAUGGAACAGCCUCUCUCCCUCUUCCCGGUCUUGACUGGAGGUUCCUGAACAGGACUGCACCCUCGAAGGAGUUUAAAGAAAGAGAGCUUGACGAUAGAGGCGCUGUGCCCGUGAAAGCUGGUCUUACAACCUACCAUGACGGUAUUCCCUAAUGACCUAAUGACCUAAUGACCUAAUGUUCUAAAAUAUUUGAUAGGAAAAAGGGUGUGUCUAUGCAUACCUGCUGAACGAUGUUCCCAAGCAUGGUGCGAAUCUUUCACGUCGACGGUCAAUCCUAAAAACGGGGAACGAACGCUCCUCUUGUAUCCAAACCUAGGGCGGCGCCGUGAAUCUAUCUGCCUCCACCGCCCACAAUACCAGGUGUCCCCCAAAUACCUGGAAUGAUACCCACUUCCACCCCGGCUCUGGCCGUCCCUUCCAAACCGUCCGAUGUGUUGCCCAGCUCACGCAGAGAAGGCCGUUGUUUCGCGGAGGACCUCCCCUGCCCCCUCUCCAUACACUGAGGCAUGCGCUGGCGUCGUGACUCCGCUCAUGGCGGCGGCAAGUAUUAUUUUGUGUCCGCGGCCCGCCGCCGAUGAAUACAGUGUUUCCA